AUGAGCCGCCGCCGCCGUUUCGGCUCCGGGUUCGUCUCCUUCCCACCUCGGCCCUCUUCCGCAACCGUUGCUGCAUUCGACAUGACUUGGGUUCCACUCGACCAGUUUGACCAGACCUUUGGCACUUGUAUCGGUAAGUCGUAAAUGGCGGAUAUGUUGUCUAUAAAGUGCCCCUGCGGACGACGCGGGUACUUGAUCACCGGCUGACCCUCGGUUGAUCUUCCUCCCGUGAUGGCGCUGCAGAGCUCUCCUCGGAAGCCCUGGGAGGCGCGAUCGUCGCCGUAUCGGACGAGUUCUUUGCUCCGGCAGAAUGCUUGCUGCGAGUGCCUGUAAGUCGUCUCCACCCGCAAAGCCGAAGCUCGGCCGACCCGAGCUCACUCACUGACAGAAAUCAUCUACGACCGCCUGCGUAUCGUUCACACAGCCGAGUGAGAGUCUGAAGGGCCAAUUCGGUCCCAACGGAGCCUUGUUCGAUGGUCAGUUACCCUCUGUAUAUCGGAAGAAGGGCGCCUUGUGCAGGAUCUGGGAGUCUAAUUGGCCUCGGUAUACUGCGAGAACACCCAGGUUGGGAAUCGAGGAGGCAUUGUGAGACGUACGACUGGGUCAUCAUCAAGCUCGGUGCAUUGGGGACACUUCAGGGAUGCGAUAUCGAUACCGGACACUUUUCAGGGAACGAGUUGAGUCUCUCCGCGGCCCGCAAUCGGACCGGACGAGCUCACGGAGCACGGAUCAGCUGAUAACGUCGGAAACCCCCCCACGUGGUUGCUCGACUUGAACAGAUCUCCGGCCAGCGGAGUAUGGGGCGCCUGUAUCCCCGAGGGUGAGACCAUCACCGAGAGCAGCCCACUCGUAUGUUACACCAUUUGAGUAUCCAAGUAUCCAACGCACCGACCAGAAGCUAACCUCCAUCUCGGGUCCCUCUGCCGAGCAGUGGACCCCUCUGCUACCCACCACGCCCCUCGGACCAGCACAACGACAUCUGUUCCGCUUUGACGAGGUCUCGGCCCCGACGACCCACCUCAAGCUAACCAUGCACCCGGACGGCGGCAUCGGUCGUUUCCGAGCGUACGGCUCCGUCGUACCCGCGCCUUCGGGACCCGCAGAGGAGGCCGUCGAUUUGGCCCACGUCCUCAACGGCGGUAUGGUCACGGGUGAGAGCGAUCAACAUUUCGGUCGCGGUGGCAACUUGAUCUUGCCCGGACGAGGGAAGGAUAUGGGUGAUGGCUGGGAAACCAAGAGGAGUCGCGGGCGUCUCGGGACGGGCAAAGGCGAUUGGGUCGUUAUUCAGCUGUGAGUCCGGUCUCCGUUCCACAAAGCGGAUGCGCAAAUUCCUGUUUCUGAAUCGUCGCAUACGAUAUUACCAGUGCCGAGCCUGGCUACUUGGAAUGGGCCGAUCUCGACACGAACCACUUUGUUGGCAAUUUCCCUCAAUCUGCUGAACUGUACGGAAUCGUUUCGGACGAGGUGAGGUUUCUCCAUCAUCGCAGACGCCGUCGUUCAAAACUCGUCGACUGACGAAGGUCAUGAUUCUCCAUCGACACAGAAACUGCCCGCACAAGAUGCCGACUGGACCUUGAUUUUGGGUCAAACACGACUUGGGCCCCACCGUCAGCAUUUCUUCCAGCUCGAGCACCCCGAAAAGGCGUGGACACAUGUUCGACUCAGCAUUUAUCCUGGUGGGUCGAGAGCGCAGUUUGAUCUGGACUGGGAAUCCAGCUGAACGAGGCCGAGGUUCUGGGUCCCUACAGAUGGCGGUGUCAAGCGUGUUCGCCUUUUUGGCCGAAGGGCAUCCCGAUUCCCUUCCUACAAGGGGCUCAGCCCGCUCCCCUCGCCGGCAACCAAACUUUUGAAUGAUACCAACGGAUCCGGACCGAACGGUCUCCCGCCAGCCAUCCCGGCCAAGUCGACUCACCGAGUCCCGCAGGUCCCCGCCGUUCCUUUGACCGGUGAUGCGUUCGCCAAGUACGGUUCGGUGAUCCAAUCGUACCCCGACCAUCGAUCGGCGCGCAAGGACGUCGUGAUCAAGCCCGUCAACUUUGGCACGGCGUUCAAGUUUAACCACUUGUCGCCCGUGACGUGGGUGCAACCCUCUUCUCGACCGGACGUCAAGGGCCAAGUCAAUUUCUGUGUCUUCCGUUGCGACGCGCAGAAUGGGGUCAAGUCGGCCCAGACGGGCAAGGAAGAAUGGCCCGUGACUGUGCUCGAACGCCACGAGUUCUCAAGUCAGGCUUUCGUGCCGAUGGGAGGUGGAGGCGGUCGGUACCUCGUGUUGGUGUGCUUGCCGAACGAGACGGAUGGACAGCCUGACCUCAAGACCCUGAGAGCGUUCACGGCGACCCACGCGCAGGGCAUCUCGUACCACCCCAAUGUGUGGCACCACCCGAUCAUCGCUCUGGAUGCGGUGAGUUUUGCCUGGAAUCUCUCGAUGCGCUCUGCUCCGAUCUGCGCUCGCUGACAUGUGCGCUGCUUCUUUCGGAAUUGACUCCAUCUUAUCAGACGACUGACUUUGCGUGCGUCGUUCAUGAGACGGGUGUUCCUGAGAUUGACUGCGAGAUCAAGCAAUUCGGUCAGACGGUCGCGAUCGUGCACGAGGUCUAA